AUGGGCUUGCCCGAGGCCUCGACCCGCGACGCUAUUGCUGCUGAUCUCGCUGAUGAGACUGCGGCCCAAACUGCACUUCGGCUGCGGAAUGCCCGUGCUCGCAACCGCGGCCGGGUCCGCCGCGCCCGCGCCUCCGACGUCCUCGCCCCACCUAUUGAGCCGGCGCCGGCACUGACGCCUGCCCGGGCUCCGCAACUCUCGGCGGUGCAGGCGCUCGAGAGGCCAGCUACGCCGCCGGAGAUCGAACUCGGUCACGACGACGCCGUCGAACUCAUUGCCCGCAUCGAGUCGCUGGCGCUUGCUCCGCUGCCGCCACCGGACGAAGGCCUCGACAAUCUCGACUACGACGCACUGCUCGCGCUUGACGAAGGCCUGCCGACCAAGCACUGUUCGCCCGAUCAGAUUGCGGCGCUGCCGCGUAUUACCUACAUUCCUGGUGCUUCAUUUGACGACAUGUGCAGCGUUUGCCUCGACGGCUUCGCUCUUGGCGAGAGGCUGACUCUUCUCGCAUGCGGCCACGCUUUCCAUCACCCAUGCAUUGGACAGCACCUCGCCCGUGCCGUGUUCUGUCCCAACUGCCGGGCGCCUGUUGAGUAG